UUAAAAUUUCUGGUUUUAUGAGAUUAACAAAAAUCAAUGGAUUAAUGUAAAGGUCAGAAGAGAAUAUAAAAAAUUUAAAGUCUUUGUAUGCACCUUAAUUUUAUCGUGGUUAUGAUGAUUAAUUAACUGUGAUUGGCAGAAUGAAGUAAAUCAUAAUAUUAUCAAUUUAGUUGGUUGAAGAUCAAACAGCCUAAAAUGUAUCCUCUUUCUAAAGAAGAAGAAACCUUCUAAGCUAGAAAUCUAUGCAAAUUCCCUGAGCAAAGAGAUGCUAUUUAAAAUGAAAUGGAUCAAAUGCUUGAAUUUAUGAAAUUGAAGAACGCCCAUAAAUUAUAAAAGACAUUAAAGAAUGUUAAGGGAAAUAAUGUUGAUGAAAAAAUAUUUAGAGCAAUGGAAUAUGACAUGCAUUCUUUUAAAUAAUUAGAGGAAAAGUGAUUUUAUUUUUAUAACAAGUAUAUAUA